UGUAGGGAUGUAAAUUGUGACUGGGUUAUAUUUGGUUCUAGGAGCAAUGAAAAUUGUCCUUUUACCAUUAAAACAUAUAGGCCUAAUGUCUAGGAUGCAGAAGAACAGAGACAAAAUGAAGGGAAGUGUAAUGAAAAUAUGCCCUAAAAUCAUAAAAAUUCUUGAACAAAACAAGGCACACACUGGUGAUUUGAUAGCAUACAAAGCAAAUGAUGACAACUACCAAGUUGAAGACAUUUCUGGCUUUUUUAAGACUUACAAGGUAAAUUUGAAUCAAAGAUGUUGCAGUUGUAGGAGGUGGGAUCUUAAUGGAAUCCCUUGUAGUCAUGCCAUUGCAGCAAUUAGAACAAAAGGGGAAGUACCUGAAGAUUAUGUCCAUCAUUGCUAUACUGUGGAAGCAUAUAUGAGGAGUUAUAAACCAGCAAUAAUGCCAAUUCAUCCCUCAGAUUUAUGGACAAAAACUGGCCAAAAACCACCACUACCACCCAAGUAUAAAGUGCAACCAGGCAGACCAAAAAAACUAAGGAAGAGAGAUCCUAUUGAGAAUGAAUCUAUUGUGGGUGAUAAGCUAAUUAGCAAGUUAUCAAGAAAGGGUGAGAAAAAGAAGUGUUCAAUUUGUGGACAAUAUGGCCAUAACAAGCGUAGCUGCAAAAACCAGCUGCUGAAGUUGAACCACUUGCUGUUGAAGUUGCUAAUGUUUAAGUCCAGCCCCCUGGUGCUGUUGCAUGGUUUGUUCCAUCACAGACAGUUGGAAAGUCACCAAGAAAAAGAAAAUUGAGUCAAGGUUGUGCACCAAGAAAGACCAAACA